CCAGACUAUAUCAUAGAUACAAACAGUGCAUGUCCUUCGAAUAACCAACUUAGAAAUCUAUUCAUAUAGAUGUUGAAGUUGACAUUCCAUGUAACACCAAACAUUUCAACAUCAUAUGGUAUGUAGUUAUUAAACAAUUGUUUACUAAGUUUUCGAUGCCUGCGUUCUCCAUGUUGUGUAAUGAUUCCAAUGAAACUAAUGUGACGAAUAAAAACCAUGAAAAUAGUGGCUAUUAAUAACACUGGUAAGGGGAACUUCUUAAACGAAUUGAUUUUGAACCGGCCUGCUAGCGAAUCCGGAGGUGGGCUGAAGAUUAUCAUCGCGCAGUGAUUUAUGAAAUCUACAUAAAGGUUUCGUUCAGUAUUUCCAGUGUUGUUAUUUUUUUAAUCCUUGCACAUCUGUUUGUCAAGUUCUAGCUAAUGGAAUGCCCAAUAACAUCUGGAUUUUAGUUAGCGGAAGAAAUGAAAGUAGUCCCAGCAGAUAUUUGCCGAUGAUGCGCUGGAUGACCCUUGCCACUGUCCUAUUUGUUUCUUCCUGCUUUGCUGAUGAAAAUGCAAGUUACAACAAAGCAGGGAUAAUAAAGCAAGCGGAAGAUAAUAUCCGGUGGCUGCGGCAGGCGAAGGAGCAAGUGGAGCGGAAAGAGAGGGAGAGGAACAGCCUGGCCACUCUCACCGACCUCAUGAUCAAGGACUCCUUCGAUUCCCAGCUCAUGUCCAAAAUGGAUAUACUUUACGAUAACCAAACUGACCUCAACAAGGAGCUCAAGUUUGUCCCGCAAGUCUUCAACUGUGGAAAAGAAUUUGACAUAUUUAAAGUUCUUGAACUGGCGAAAGCACAUAGAAAUAUUACAACUGAACAACCUCCAUGCAUUGUGGAUGUAGACGAUAAUAUGUGUACAACUAAGAAAGGAAGUGGUGAUAAAUCUAACACUAAUAAAAUGACAAAGAACACAGUUGCUCCACAAUCAAAAGAAGCACCGGGUGCGGUUAAUGCUUUCGCUAUCCGACCUGGAAUGACGACCAGGCUUCCUCUUGGACGCCAGGUGGAGGUCGAGAAGAGGACGGAGUCUGCUCUAGUAAGGCAGCCAUCGGCAAGCCCCCAUAAAACAUCCAAGCUAAAGCAACUGAACAAAGAAAAGCCUUCGUCACCACAAAAAGAAGUGAGUGAUAAAGUAGUUCAGAAUCCUCCACAAAAACAAUUCGAAACGAAAGGAAUCAUUAGCAGGCCUAAAGUAGCAGCAUAUGGAAAGCUUAUUGCAGAACCUUCGGUUGACGUCAUUCAAAACAGAGAAAACCCACAUAUUUCAGAGGGUCAGCAACAAAAGUGGUAUGCCGCCCAAGUAGAACAAAAUGAACAGUAUUCAUCAAUUGAUGAAAACCAGAAUGAAAAUGAUGCUCAGGUAAAAUCACAGGAACCUCAAGCAAGCAAACUUGUAGCGCUUCCAGAAUCAUUGCAGCAACAAGUAAACAGUCCACAAUUACCAAUGAUUCAAACAGUUUCACAGCAAACACAGGCUGUUGGGCAGCCUUCUCCUUCUCAAGUUAUUGAACAACCACACGUUCAAAAUGUGGCAAUGGCUGAAAUGGCUCCCCAGAAACAGCCAGACAUUGAACAAACACCAAGUGAAGUAAGUGAACAGAGAGACCGAGCUGGACAAGGACAAGUAGAGUCCUUUGCUAUGGUACACGAUGAAAAAAAUCAGGAAUUUGACAGCAAAAUAUCAGAUGUUACACAAACCCAACAGCAAGUUUAUAAGCUAUCUAAAGAAAUUCCUGCACAACAAUCCACUAUACAACCACAGCUUUUAGAGCAACAACUCCAAAAUUCAGAAAAACAGACACAUCAUCAGUCGUUAGAAAAGCAAGACCAACAACAACUCCAAACUGAAGAACAACCGAGAUAUCAAAAUUUAGAAAAACAGAACCAACAGCAAUUUCAAACUUUAGAUAAACUGAAUCAACAGCAACUCCAAACACCUGAACAAAGGCAACAGCAACAACAAACUGCUGAACAAUAUAAGCAACAGCAAAUCCAAACUGCUGAACAACAGCAAUUCCAAACCCCCGAACAACAAAAGCAACAGCUAUUUCAAUCUGCUGAACAACAAAAGCAAAAGCAACUCCAAACUGCUGAGAAAGAUAACUCACAACUUCAAUCAUUGGAAAAGCAUAACCAACUUCUACUUCAAACCAUAGAAAAACAACAUUCUGCCAUUAUACCAGCAGUUGGUAAUUCGGAACGCCAAAAAACUCUAAUGGGAACAAUUCUAGGUUCAGAACAACAACAGGGGACUCAAAAAACACCAUAUAGUGCAAAUGACCAACAACAGAUUUUAAAACAGCAGACUUUGUUUUCCUCAAGAGUAGAACAGAACCAACAAGCUGCCAAGCCUAUAGCAAAUCCCAUUGUUCAACAAGCUGCUGCUCAGUUAUCUGACUCUCAGUCAGUGGCCAAAUUACCUCUAGAAGCUUCUAACAAAGGGCAUUUGGAGAGUAAUGGUGAUAAAUUAUUCAACAAUAAUCCCGAUAAAACCAUGAUGUCAGCACCAAUUAAUGUUAUGGGAACAAAUCCAAAUAUGAAUUCUUCCUUUGGAAAUCCCACAAGCAAAGUUAAUUUAGUUCAUGGGAGCAUUCCUGCAACAGCCUACUUUUGGAGGAAUGCUAUGGUGAAUACCCCUAAGAUACAAAACUAUGAUAGUUUAAAAACAGAACAAAACAAAGCAGCGCCUGUUGCAAAUAAACUUGAAAAUAACUAUGUGCCAGAUAACAUUCAAGAAAGUCCUAAAGAGGAUUAUAUAUAUUAUCAAUAUCAAGAUUAGAUAGAAAGUUCCUUGAAAGCAGUUCAAUACAGUGGAACCUUUUAAAAUGUAUUUACCACUAAAUUGUAUUUUUUAUUUAUUUUUAUAUGCAUGAUUCAUUAUCAGAUAUGUAUACACUGACUUAACUUUGAGCUUCAUAAAAACUAGGAUCGUUUAUUGGAACUAUGUAUGAACUAUUGUUCUUUUGUAGAAGACCUCAUUGAAAAUUUUAGUUAAUUGAGAUGUUAUUUGAAAGUUCAAUAAUAGACCUAUCAAUGUAUGAAAUUAUUAAGAUAGAACAGUUAAAUCUUACAAAAGUGGAAGUGAUUGGUUUCUUAAACAUUGUAUAUUUUUUAGAAUCAAUUUUCAGACAAUAUUUCAUUUUUAUUUAUGAAAUUUUCUAUAACGAGGAAAUUAAAAACAAAAAAUAAUAAAACAAAGAAACCUGAUUUGACAAUUAGAAAUUUUUUUUUAUUUCA